AUGGCCGGGGACUCUGCACAGCCAGCGGCCGCCGGCACGCGGCGGCGGCCCAAUUUCUUGAUCAUCGUGGCCGACGACUUGGGCUACUCCGACGUGGGCGCCUUCGGCGGGGAAAUCAAGACGCCCAACAUCGACGGCCUGGCCCGCGAUGGGAUCCGCCUGACCGACUUCCACGCUGCGGCUGCGUACAUCGCCGGGCUUGGCACGAUGAUCGAGGCGAUCAAGGAGUUCCAGGUCGGCCAGCCUGGCUACGAAGGAUACCUGAACGACCGCGUGGCGGCGUUGCCCGAGCUGCUGCGUGACGCUGGCUACUUCACGAUCAUGUCGGGAAAAUGGCAUCUCGGCAUGACGCCGGACCGCUACCCUUCCCAGAGAGGGUUCGACCGGUCCUUCAGCCUGCUUCCCGGUGGUGCGAAUCAUUACGGCUGGGAGCCCCAGGUCGUGCAGGAAAAGGUGCCCGACCUGCUCGAGCGCAAUGGCCCGUUCUACGCCGAAGACGACAAGCCCGUGCCGGUCGCUGACCUGGGCCCGGACUUCUACUCGACCGAGUCCUUCACGUCGAGACUGCUGCAGUAUUUCCAGGAGCGGGACGAGGAGCAGAGGCGGAAGCCGUUCUUCGCCUACCUGCCCUACUCGGCGCCUCAUUGGCCCUUGCAAGCCCCGGAGGCGGACCGUCGAGACUAUCAGGGCGUCUACGACGAAGGGCCCGACGUGCUCAGACAGAAGCGGCUACGGCGGCUGGAGGAACUCGGAAUCAUUUCACCCGAGACCAAGGCCCACGAGGUCUUCGCGCUUCCUCUCGACAAGCCCCUGAGCAAAGAAUGGCGCAGCUUAAGCGAGGACGAGAAGAAAUUCUCCUCUCGGACCAUGGAGGUCUUCGCGGCCAUGGUGCAGAACAUGGACCGGAACAUCGGACGUGUCAUUUCCUAUCUGAAAUCCACUGGCGAGUAUGACGACACCGUGGUCAUGUUCAUGUCCGACAACGGCGCCGAGGGUCUCCUGCUGGAGGCGUACCCCGUGGUGAAGGAGAACAUCUUCGACCACAUCGACCGAUACUACGACAACAGCUAUGAAAAUAUGGGCCGGUACAACAGCUACAUCUGGUACGGGCCGCGCUGGGCAUCCGCCGCGAUGGCCCCGUUGAGACUUUACAAGUCGUUCUCGUCGGAAGGCGGCAUCCGGGUGCCGUUCAUCUUGAGGUAUCCGCCCUUGACGUCGUCACGGGCUGGGCAACUGGAUCGAUCCUUUGCCACCGUCAUGGACAUCGCUCCGACACUCCUACAACUGGCUGACACCCACCAUCCGGGAACCAUGUAUAAAGGCCGUCCCGUCGUUCCUGUGCGGGGCACGUCCUGGGUGCCAUACCUCUCCGACCCCGUGAAACAACAACAUAUCCAUGGUGGCGACUCAGUCAUGGGGUGGGAGCUGUUCGACCGACAGGCCCUCCGGAAAGGGACAUGGAAAGCCGUCAUGAUCCCGAAGCCAUUUGGACCGGGGAAGUGGCAACUGUACAACCUGGAACGAGAUCCCGGCGAGACGGACGAUCUGGGCGAGAGGCACCCGGACAAGCUACAGGAGCUGCUCAUGCAUUGGGACGAAUAUUGUAAGGAGGUCGGCGUCGCCGGCGCCGCGCCGCAGUAUGGAGUGCUGAAGGUCGAUGAGGGCGGAGAUGCUCCUUAA